AUGCUGCCCAAGGUCGCGACGCAUAUCUUGCACAGCACCUCGAGGGCUGCUGUCGCCGUCCAGACCCAAUCCCACCAUACCUUUCGCAACGUCCUCCAUUCUUCUCCAUCGUCAGGCCCACGUGCUGGCCCGAGUUCUGGAGGAAGUGGUAGCAAUGGUCCAAGCUCAGGCGGCCAGAAAUAUACGGGAAGUCGAUACAACUCUGGCUACGCAGCCCGCGGAGCUGUUUCCCAGGCCAACCCCGCCACGUCUUCUCAAGACGCGUCUGUAGCGGAUGACUCAGAAGAACACCAUGCUCGACAUGUGCCUAUUCAUACCACUCCCAAGUCAAGAGAGCGCAGCGGCAGCAUUUCCACUCCCGCCCCUGGUAUAUUGAAGACCGUACAGAUUCAUGCCAAACAGGCCUUUGCCCACCGUCGAUUAUCGACAACCGUUCGUGAAGCCAACUCUGAACCGCCUCUACCACCCCCAAAAACUCCUACAAGGGCCCCUUCACCAAUCCCUACCGACCCCGCUGCCCCCCAAACAGUGAACCCGCCUUCUAUCAGUGACAGUCCUGCUCUUUUGGCCAUUCAAGCCGCUCGUCGAUCCGCAGAUCCAGCCCUUGUCGCCCAAGCUGUCCGUGACUUGAUUGACCAUGUUUCUGAACCCACUGUCCGACAAUAUAAUGCGGCGCUAGAGGCUCUUCGUGAGACUCGUCGGGCUGGAGAGCCUCUCACACUCUUUAUGCAAACAUAUAAUGCUAUGCUGGAGCACUCACUGCUCCCUAAUCUCCGCACUUACUUUGAAUUACUCACCGCCAUCACCGACCGUGACCAAGAGAUUCAUAACGCAAUCGUUGCUCUUGAGGCUCGUGCUCGGCGAGGAGCUGCCUCCCCUACGGAUCAGCAACGGAUUGUCAACUUACGAGCUGAAAACACCUUUGAUUCUGCCCUGAAGUUGUUCAACACUAUCAACACUGGCUCAUACAGCUCCAGUAUCCCGCUGUACAUUUAUGUUGCGCUUCUUCGGUGUUGUGCUAAUCACCAACGUCGAGAUGUUGCCGUUACUCUCUUGACCGCCAUUGAAAACCGUAACGACAUCAAGCCCGUUUCAUCUGUUUUCCGACACGUGAUUCGCGCGUUUGGAUCUCCCAUUGCAAUUAAUGAUGCUGAACUGGUAUUCAAUGACUAUGUCGAUCGGUCAGCACAUGGCGAAGUUGAUUGGACAAUUGCCUAUAAUGACCCCAACGGUCCUCGUCGUCAGCACUUGCAAGUCUGGAAUCAGAUGAUCGAGUCGUACUUCAGAGCGGGCAUGCCUGACAAGGCGGUUGAAAUCCUGGAACGCAUGCUCAACUCGUCUGCUCCUGCCGCUUUUGGCCCUGCUGAUGUCCCCCGACCGGCCUCCUCCACCUACACCGUCACAAUCGCUGGCUUCAUCGAAUCGGGAGAUCACAAAAAAGAGCGCCCCCGUCAACCUUACGAGUCCGCUGUGGGUAUCUUGCGGCCAGAUAUUGUCGCCUGGCAAUACAUGCUUGAUGGCCUUGCCUUCGCUGGUCGCCUUGAUGACCUUAACAGCAUGUUUUUGAGACUGAAAGAGUGCUCCAAAACGGACGGGCUCCAGGUCCGAGAUACAGAUCAUGAUUUGGUAUAUCUUGCCAAUGUUCAGCGGAUUGGUGACCUCCCUGAUCAGAAGGCGGUCGAGAUUGGUCAAUUCCUCGAGAAUCACAUCGUCACCGAGGGCAUGGAUAAGCCACGUCUAAUGCGGCCCGUCUGGUCCAACUACGUCUCCCGUGGAUUGUUUGAGGAAGCCAUCGCCCUCGUCGCUAGGCUCGGGGGCAGCUUCCGGGCUGCCGCUCAUCCCGUGACUGGUUUGAUCCGCGAAAUCCUGCAGCACAAAGGCGUUACCUUCGAAGUCUGUCGUCAGGUUGUCCGCCUUGCUGAUGAAAGUGGGGUUGGUAUUGGAGCAGCACCCUCUGCAACAAUCCUUCACGUCUAUGGUAUUGAGCGCCAACGUGGAGUAGACUUUACUGCGUCUCUCAAUGCACGUGAAUGGUCCUGGUUGCUUGAUGCGGCGGUUGAACAAGAAAUCCUUCCCGCACACCGUCCUCAAUCAUAUGCCUUCCAAGGUCUCGUACCUCUCCUCGAAGAUAUGGCGAGUUCUGGCCACGAUCUCACACACAUCGAUCCUAUACUUCAACGGCGUAUCAUCAAAAGCAUUCUGGUUAAGCGUGGAGGUAGUGGUGUGACCGAACUGUUCGGCCAAUUGGGAUCUGGCUUUGUUCAAGCUCUGGACAACUAUCCGACCGAAAAAAGCUUUAAAGACGAUAAUUCAGCAUCAUCUGAGGCGAGCUUCGAUUUCUCUGCCUCUGUUUCCGAUGCAGAAGCUUCGGAUUUAGCUACGUCUGUCGACAUCGAAGAACUCCCGCAGUUCCCACCCUUGCGUUUCGACAAGGAAUUAUCUACCUCCAUUGAAGAAGUCCUUCUGAACGCAACAAAACCCGGAAAUAGCGCUGUCCAACAUGCCAUUUCAGCCAGCGACCUUUUCCGUUCCGGUGUCGCUCGAGGUGUCAGCCCUGGUAUCUACAAUUGUGGCAAGCUGAUCCAAGUUUUGGGUCGUGCCGGCGAGCUUGAACGAAUGCGGGAAGUUUAUAUGGCCUCGCAAGGUGUCCUGCAAUCCCUUGAAUCAGACAAACCAACGCAAAGUAACGCCUGGUUCUCGAUUGAGAAUAGCAUGAUCAUUGCCCUCGCUCACGCUGGUGAUCUUGAAGGCGCGCAUGUUCACCGUGUCCGCAUGCUAGAUAUGGGUGGAGCCCCAACUGCCGAUGCAUAUGGCGCUCUCAUUCUCUAUGUCAAAGAUACAACGGAUGACACUUCCAACGCUGUUGCUUUGUUCCAAGAGGCACAGGUUCACCGUGUUGUGCCAAACCAAUACCUCUACAACAACAUCAUUUCCAAGCUGGCGAAAGCCCGCAAGGCUGACUACGCCCUGGAGUUGUUCGAGCAGAUGAAGACCAGCGGCUUUGCCAAGCCUAGCUCGAUAACGUAUGGCGCUGUGAUUGGAGCCUGCGCACGUGUCGGAGAUGUUGUCUCUGCCGAAAAUUUGUUCCAAGAGAUGAUGGCCGCGUCCAACUACCGACCUCGUAUUCCUCCUUUCAACACGAUGAUCCAAGUUUACACUACGACCAAGCCGAAUCGUGAACGCGCGCUCUACUACUACGAGAUGCUUCGGACUGCAGGCAUCACCCCAACUGCUCACACCUAUAAGCUGCUUUUAGAUGCCUACGGUCGUAUCGAGCCUGUCGACAUUCCCGCUAUGGAACAGGUUUGGGCAAACUUGCUCGCUGACAAAUCCGUUCAUGUCCAAGGAACCCACUUUGCGUCACUGAUCCACGCCUAUGGCUGCGUCGGCAAAGACCUCGACAAAGCCAUCGCCAUCUUUGACUCGAUUCCGACCUCCAGCCAAGCUUCCCCACGCGACGCUUUGGUCUUCGAGGCCAUGAUCAACACCCUGGUUGCCCAUCGACGAACAGACUUGAUGCCGCAUUAUGUUUCCCUCAUGCGGCGCGAGGGUGUUCAUAUGACCGCCUAUAUCGCGAAUUUCCUGAUCAAGGGUUAUGCCGAUGUUGGCGACAUGGAGCAAGCAAGGAUAAUUUUCGAAUCUCUUGUCGACCCCCCGAGCGGUAUGGCUGCAGUCCACAACCACGCCCCGCAUGAGCCAAGUCAAAUGACUUCUGUCGACCCAAUGGAGCCUGUUUAUCGUGAACCGUCAACGUGGGAAGCCAUGAUUCGAGCAGAGCUAGGAUGCGGCGAUCGUGAAAAGGCACAGGCGCUUCUCCAACGUAUUCAAGCAAGGUGCUAUCCUGAGGCGGUUUACAACCGCAUUUCAGGAAUUCUCGUUGACCAUUCGAUGAUAAAGCCAUGA